CCUGGUCAGUUGAGGUGUGGCGAACACAGCGACUACGGGACUGUAACCCUCCUAUUUCAGGACCAGUGUGGUGGGCUGGAGAUUGUUUCACCAAUUGGAGAGUUCAUGCCAGUCAUUCCAAUUGAAGGCACUAUAGUCGUCAAUAUUGGAGACCUCAUGCAGAGAUGGACCGCCGACAAACUAAAAGCUACGGUCCACCGAGUGAUCAUCCCACACCACGAGAAGAUGAAGGCUUGUUGUCGACAGUCUGUUGCCCUGUUUGUGGAUCCUGACGAUGAGGUUGUUAUUGAGUGUCUGGAUGGGUCCAACAAAUAUAAACCCGUCACGUCCCGUGACUAUGUCGGCGGAAGACUACGAGCCACAUACCAGCCUGCCUGAUCUUAC